UGACAUUGACAGCCAAUGAAUUGGUUAAUUCUUUGCGUCGAGCGUCGAAAAUUAUAGAAAAAAUCAUUAAAUUGUACAGUCCUUAUUAAAUUAAUUUGAAUGUUUGCAGUUAAAACAUAAAUACGAUAUCACUGUUAACCUUAACUUCUCAUAUAUUAAAAAUAUGUCAUUAUUUCGUAAACCAAAGAAGAUUCAACGACGCGUCUUUUGCGCUGAUGAUGACGAUGACGGAGAUCCUGAACCACCACCGCCUCCUAUCAUCAGCCAGAAAAAAGAAAACAAACCUGUUAAAAACACUACACUCUUAAGUUUUGCUGAUGAAGAGGAUGAUGGAGAAGUUUUUAAAGUAAAAAAAUCAUCACAGAGCAAAAAACUUGCUAAGCGACGGGAGAAGGAGAAACGUCGUGUCCCUGAUGGUGAUAAUAACAAAUAUGACAAUAAUUCACCUGAGGACACAAUGGACAAUGAGGACAUGGAAGAAAAGCCAAAGGUCAAAAAGAAAGUAUCACUGGAGGGUCUCAUACUGUCAGGACGCGAGGCACUAGCAGCAGAUGGAGCCGGGGACUUGUCUGAUGAUGAGAUGGAGGCAGAGGAGGAUAGUAGGGGGUUCCAUCUGUACCGCGCGGAGUCGGUACGCGCUGCGCUCGCGCAGCCGGGCCACAUACCCGACGCGGCGCUCAUCCAUGCGGCGCGCAAGACCCGACAGCAGGCUCGCGAGCUUGGCGACUUCGUUCCCAUCAGAUCGGAGGCGGCGCCGGGCUCGCGGCUCAUACGAGACGACGGCUCAGGAGACGAUGAUGACGAGGAUGGCAGGAUAGAAGUCUGCGGACUGGUCCUACCUAGUGAUAAACCUAAACGUGGCACUGCCGCUGCUUCUGAAGAGGAGCUGGACAGCGAAGCAGAGGAAUGGGAGAAACAGCAAAUACAGAAAGCAAUGCCCGCUAAUAUUGAUAUUACUGGUGAUGGCAAUACGGAGCUGAACCCGUUCGCAGUGCUGCCUCCCGCACCCCAGGUGUCUGACACGUCACAUCUGCGCACAUUGCUCACAGCUGACAAGACCGCGCCCACCACCGCACAACAACUACUUGAAGCACUCACAUCGAGGUUAGAGGAGCUGCAGGCGGAGAGGUCGGUGACAGCGAGCAAGCGGGAGGAGGUGCGGACGCGACUGUUGCUUGCGGCGCGUAUGCGGGAGUCGCGAGCCGCGCGCCGCAACCAUCUUGACGCCGCCUACCGCCGCGCGCAGGCAGCUCGCGGCUACAUCACUGACCUUGUCGAGUGUCUCGAUGAAAAGAUGCCACAGCUGGAGGCCUUAGAAGCGCGCGCGCUGCAACUGCACCGCCGCCGCUGCGAGUUCCUCGUGGAGCGCCGGCGCGCUGACGUGCGCGACCAAGCGCAAGAUGUUCUCGCGCUCGCAGCCCGUCCAGGUGUAGCGAAGCCAGUAGACAGUGAGGAGAAGACGCGACGUGCGGCGGAGCGCGAGGGGCGGAGACGCGCUCGAAGGAUGCGGCGCGAGGCGGUCGCGGCGGCAGCGGGGGCGGGCGUGCCAGCACACCGCGACGGCGACUCCAGCGACGAUGACCUGCCUCCUACUGAGCAGCAGCACUUCACACUGGAGAUCGAAGCGAUCCGUCAGCUGUCGUCGCAGGUGUUCGCAGACGCGCUGCCGGCUUGGCGCAGCGUACGCGGCGUAUGCGCGCGUGUGUCGCGCUGGCGACGUUCUCAGCCCGCGCUCUACAACGACGCGUACGUCGCUGACUGUCUGCCCAGACUGCUCGCACCGUACAUCCGGCACGAGUUGAUCUUGUGGAACCCGUUGGCGGAUGAAGACAAUGAAGAUUAUGAAAAGAUGGACUGGUACAAAUGCCUGAUGAUGUACGGCGUGCGAGCGGAGCGGCUGUCGAGCGACUCGGAGCUGUCGUCCGAGGAGGAGGCGGGGCCGGGAACGGUCUUGGGAGCUGGUCUGAGCGAGGCGGCGCUUCGCGAUGACCCCGACCUGCUGCUCGUACCAACACUCAUCAACAAGGUUGUGCUGCCUAAGGUCACAGAGUUGGUGGAGCAGGCGUGGGACCCGAUGUGCGUGCGCGCGUGUGUGCGAUUGCGGCGCGUGCUGGAGCGUGCGUGCGCGCUGCCGGGCGGACCCGCACUGCGUCGGCUGGCCACAGCUGCGCGCGCCCGCCUCGCUGCCGCGCUGCAUGCUGACGUCUUCCUGCCCGCGCUGCCGCCCCACGUGUUGGAGGGCGCUGGCGGUGCGUUUUGGCGACGCUGCGUGGGCGCGGGCGUGCGGUUGCUGCGUGCCGCCCUCGCGCUCUCUGCGCCCCCGCCCACGCUGAAUGCGGACGCCCUCGUCCUCUCUCUCAUUGAGACACUGUGCUGUGCGGCGGGUGCGGCGCCGGGCGUGCAGGCGGCGGCUGCGGGCGCGGCGCUGGCGGACACAUUGCCGCGCUCCGGGCCACUGCGCACGCACGCACUCCGCCGCCUCGCCCGACUUGCACAGCUCGCCCUCACGCGACUCCAAUCUGACAACCCUGUGCAUAUGUAUGUCUACAUAUCAUAUCAUAACUACCUCCCUAUAAUAAAAAUAUUUCAUAAAAAUGAAAAAUUAUCACGAAAUAAAGUUAUUAAACUGUGUUUUAAAACAAUUAACACUUACAUCUACAUUUAUGACCAAACUCAGAGUUCAUUUUUAAACUAAAAAUAUAAAACAUUAGCUGUUUCAAAUAGUAACGAAAAAAUAUUUUACAUUUCAU